AUGCUGCCCCGCCUGAGCACGAAAGUACAUCCCUCUGGCUCGCUUUCGACCACUGCGGAGGUGCUGCGCGUCGAAGACAAAGGCGAGGCAUACAAUUGCAUACCGUCACCUGCACCGCGUCCCAUAGACAGCAACUUGAAGUCGUCGCGAUGGGUUUGCAACUAUCCACGCAUGAGUUUUAUGAUACUCUUCAUCGUUUGCACCUACAUUGGAGGCAUUUAUGUGUCCACUGAGAUCACUGCGUGCGUGCUUGACAUGCUGGGUGCGCGCAAAGAGCUUGCGGAUGCGAGACAAGUGUAUGGUGCUACAAGCCACAUGCUGAACAGCAUGACUCAGUGUGUCGACCAAAGAUCGCUGGAGUACUUGGCUGGUGCGAAAUUGCACUUCGAAGCUGACAGCAAACGCAUCCAAGCGAUCAUCAAUGCGAACGACCGAGUCCUUGCCGAUCAGAGGAACGCAACAAUGACGUGCUCCAAUGCUUUCUUGAUGACAUUGCAGGAACAAGUCGAAGCUGCCGCAUCCGAUGAGACACAGUCGACACUGGACUGCUUUUCUGAUCACUUUUACGAGACCUUGCCCGAGACCAAUGCUUUAUCUUCCUCGCGGACCCUGAUGCUUGCAGUCCGUGGAAUGUUGACAGCGGUAGUUGUCUCGGAAGCGAACAAAAGCAUCUCUGAGCAGACAACCCAACUUGAAAACCAACUCCUUGAGAUGUGGAAGGCUGUCGACAAUGUCAAGGCGUCGAUCGAGAACACCUUCAAUGCAACGUAUGCGCUGACGUCACAGCAAUUGAGCCCAAUGGUGCCGACACUGUCGGACAAAGACGGUAGUGACCAUACACAGCAGUCGGCUUCUCGUCUUGGCCGCCUGGGCAAAGUUGUGUCGCUAGAGCUCGCGGGUCCGUUGACGAUAUCAUCAGCGACUAGUCUCGGAGCUAUACGAAAGGCUGGUCAAACGUUCCACAACGCUCUCACAGUUUUGACAGGUCUGCACGAUGGGUUCACGGACGUCCUGGACACUGUUGACGAAACGUGGGAAUUCCUGGAGCAUCAGCUGAAUGCUACUGUUCAGCAGGCCACUCAACUGCAAAACGAGCUUCUUUACGCUGCCAAGUCAACUGCACAGCAAUUGAACAGUACCAGUACCGCUGUUCUGACUAGCUUGGACCAGGCCCGGCAGGAAGUUUCCAUAUCGUUCGACAUCUUGGGUGAUCAGUGGCGCCUUGCGAUGAAAAAGCUCGUGGCCCGAAGCUCGACAUCGUGGCAGAAACUGGGAGAUCGACUUGUAGCUGAGCUCACCGCGAAUGAGCGCCAAAAUGUCCGGCCUGAAAGCUCCAUUCAACGUAAAUACCUGUUACCUGAUCGAACAACGAACUCAAGCUUGGACAAAGAGCAUCAAAAGCAAACCACCGCGUCGCGUGAUCAAGGCUCGAGAAGCACGGAGUCAUCACCGGAUGAGGACAGCAAGUUUGAUAUUGACACUGCUGUGCUGCGUGCUGCAGUGGUUGACGUCAGCGCAUUCAUCACGCAGGUGUUAUUUUACAUCGAUGUUGGCCGUCUCGCCCUGCUGGUCACCGAUCUUGCCGUUGGACUAGUCACGGAGUCGUACUCUGACCUGCCGAUGUUGGAUAUCCGGGGCAUUACCACGGUCGACACGAUCGAAAGCAUCGGUGAGGUACUUCUUUGCCAGCACAGCUUUUCUGUAAUUUGUUACACAAUCGUGACAAAAGCGUCAGAGGUAUUGCGUGAUCUGGUGACGUUCCUCGUGCUUUUCGUCGGUACUGUGGCGAUUACAGCAGGAUUGUUCCUGUGGAAGAAAGACCACAACAUCCAUUGUCAAAGUGGAGGAUCAUCGGUCACGGCUUCCCAAACCGCCAUCCAAAGCGUCACUCGCGCCUAUUUCGAUUACAAUGGCAACAGCAGCAAACGCGUUGUCAAUCCACUUGAUGAAAUCCAGAAGCGCGCGACUGUCAUCAACGACUCGAUCCGCAACGACUACGCAGCAUUGUCAUUCGACUUGUCGAUCGUGUGGAAGAACCAGUCGAUUGCCCUGGACGAUCUCAAUGAUUGCGCGACAACAACAAGCAGCAUGACCCGAAUGCUGCAAGACUGUGUCGUCAGUGCUGAAGGUGCUAUUGCUGCUGCUGCUGCUCCUUCGCUCUCAAGUCAGUGCUUAGCUUCCAGUCUCAACAGCAUCGCAGCGCCGGAGAAUCCGCUGCCUUUUACAAAGCAAUUGAGCGUAGAUGCGCCAUUUCUAGCGCCAAGCACUUCAUUCGAUUCGUGCUUCCCGAAAGACGACCUACUCGGGAGGGAAGAGCUCGUCGGUAAUCUACAGCACAGUCUCGCCUGUGCGACUGAAAAGGCAGUGUACCUCUCGUGUGCGUCCUGGUGGCUGCUAGUCGUGGUCUUUGUCGCCAAUCGCUUCGCCGUCAGGAUGAUCAUCAAAGCUGCUGGAAUGUACUGGUGGCGCUUUUUGAGCGCGGGUCGAUUGCAAUUCGUGGGCUUUUGCCAUGAAGACGGCGAUAUUGUGGCGAGUGGCAAGCUGCCGACCGCAGUCCAGAACCACCUGCGUGACACAAAAUGGCAGAUUGUCAGUCGCUUCGUUGCCAUCGGUUUUGCCUAUGCGUGCGUCGUUACCAUCAUUGUGAUUGUUGUCAUUGACGUCACGUGA